CUUCAUCGCCGAACGCGACCGCCAAAACCGAGCGCUAUACUGCCAGUCGCAUCCCUCGCAGUCGGGAGAAGUACUCAGCGGUGCCCUCCACCUUUCAGACUGCCCCCUUGAUUCCAUCAUGGCGGACACCGAUUCUUUCCUUCACCUCGCCCGGCCUCUUGGCCCUGCUGUUGUUGGUGCCCAGCCGACGACAGCCCCACUGAACGUUGUCAUUCAGCCUUCUGCCAUCUUCUCCAUCCUGGACCACUCUCUCCGCCGCAAUGCCGACCAAGAACGUGUGAUUGGUACUCUUCUUGGUACCCGCAGCGAAGAUGGCACCGAGGUCGAAAUCCGUAACUGCUUUGCCGUCGGUCACACCGAGACGCAAGACCAGGUCGAAGUCGACAUGGAAUACCAGAAGCAGAUGCUUGCCCUGCAUCUCCGUGCCAAUCCCCGUGAGGUGCUCAUUGGAUGGUACGCCACGUCGUCCGAGCUCAACACCUUCUCGGCCCUCAUCCAAAACUUCUACGGCAGCCAAGGCGACGGCACUUGGCCUCACCCUGCCGUCCAUCUCACCAUCUCGACCGACCCCGGCCAGGAUAUUGAGGCACGGACGUACAUUUCUGCUCCGGUUGGCGUUACUGCUGAGCGCGCCGCCGACAGCGCUGCUUUCAUCCCCGUCCCCAACGAGAUCAGAUACGGUGAUGCCGAGAAGAGCGGUCUGGAGUUAAUAUCAGGAGCCAAGGACCGCGAGGACCGAACCACUGGUGUUCUUACGGACAUUGAGUCUCUGGAGCGUGCCAUUGAGGAGGUCCUUGCCAUGCUCGAAAGAGUCUCCAACUACGUCAACUCCGUCCUGGACGAGGAGUCCCCGCCAUCGAGCGCGCUUGGCCAGUUCUUGAUGAAUGCUUUAGCUCUGGCUCCCAAGGUUGAUGCUUCCGACGUUGAGAGAGACUUCAACAACCACAUCCAAGAUGUCCUUGUUAUUUCUUACCUUGCAAACACUAUUCGCACACAGAUCGAUCUUUCCAACAGAUUAGCAACUGCGGCUCUAACAACUGGACCAGCAGACGGAUUGGGCGGAAACGCCGAGGGCGGCCAGCGUGGCGGCCGAGAUCAAAGAAAAGGCCGUGGCCAGCAGAACCGCGAGAGAGAGUAAUUUAUGAAAAUCGGUUCCCGAAAAAACGAUAUAAUUUCGUCGUAUGCAUAUACGUUGCAUGAUAAAAGGCGGAAAAAGUUACUGUGUAUUGAGGUGGCUAUUAUAUAGGCUACAAUUUCUCCUAGCUCAUUGUUUGGCGUCUGAGUGUGUAGAAAUCAAAUUCAAGUUUAUGACCACCAUUAAUUUCAAAAUUUAACGCCGUCCCAUGUGCCAUACUACCGUUGUAUCCACGUAAACGAGUCUCAAACGCCAAAAUGAUGCAUAUGAUGUAAGAUAAGAGCCCAGCUCCAGCAUCCUUUGGAUCCGAAAAGGCUCGCUCCAGCUUAUUUGCUCUCGGUCUUGUCCUUUUGCUUGUCCUCCUU